AAGUCGACUAGAUUGGCUAGUUCGUAGAAGCAAGCGAUUUUCAGUUUCAAUAUCAAAACGAGACUAGCGCGUGCUGGACGUGUGUGUUUUUCACUGUGCGGAAUCGAACGGGCGUGUAUUUGGAGAGUAUUUUUUUGAAAAGCAAAUUUAUUUUGGCGAAGAUUACAUUGGCAACAGACGCACCUAUAAUUUUGAAGCAAAAUUCGACGGUGUUUCGGGUGGUUGAAAAUGUUGGAGAAGCUGUUCUUGGCUUUUUUGGCCGUCCAUGCCACUGGAAUCAUCACUGGACUCUCUGCUAAUAGCGGUUCAGUCGGCUGUGGCGGUUUGAUUUGCCGACCAAUUACGGGUAUCUUCACCCGCGAUCCUUUACCAGAAGACGCUUACGUGCAUGUUGCUACAAUACCAGCAGGUUCUUCAAACAUUUCAAUAACUGAGCUGGCGAACAGCAUAAAUUUACUAGUGCUGCGUACACCCGAUCAGAAAUAUAUAUUCAACGGCGAUAAUGUGGCUUCAGAUAGUGGCGCCUAUGAAGCGGUGGGUGCGGUUUUCGAUUACCAUCGUAUAGAUGGACUACAGCAUGGCGAUGGUGUUACCGAAUGGAUUACUUGCUUGGGGCCUAUAAGAGAUAUGCUAGAGUUAAUGAUAUAUAGCAAAUCUUCGAAUCCGGGCAUCAAGUAUGAGUAUCUGCUGCCUAUCACCUCAGACUCCGAGGAGAAUGAGUUAUCAGUAGAAAGCGACGGGUUCUUGAAAAACGGUCCAGAAGAGAGUUUUGCAAGCAAUUCACGUUCCGGUCGCAGACGUCGCUUCAACUGGAAAGUAGUUGGCUUCAGCGCCUGUUCCAAAUCUUGCGGUGGCGGCAUACAAACACCGAUUGUGCGCUGUGUACGCGAAAAUCCCGUUCGCUACUAUUCGCAACGCCGUUGCAUGAAUUCGGAAAAACCGAUGCUGAAUGAAAAUUUGCUGCGCUGUAAUACCCAGCCUUGCCCCGCUUAUUGGCGCAUCGAGGACUGGAGUGAGUGCCAUUGCCAACAGGGCGAAGGUUAUCGUGAGCGUGAUAUAAGCUGUGUGCAAGAACUUGCUUCCGGUAUCGUGAUACACGUUGACAACUCAGCGUGCACCGAUGAAGUGCCGAAUCCGCGCAAACAAUGCGACUGCCCAAAGAAUAGACGACGAACACAUGCUGCCCGCUAUCGUACGGCACAUGCGGGCGCUAACGGUACUAAUCAUCGUGGGCGCGACAAGAAUGACAAAUCUGGUAUUUGGCUAAUGUCCGAUUGGAAUCAGUUCUGUUCGGCUGAAUGUGGCUCAGGUGUUGAAUAUCGUACGAUAUUCUGUGAUCGUACAAAGCCGAAUACGGAUCGCUGUGAUUCGCGUGCCACGCCAGAAAUCACUCGUCCAUGUGAACGAGAACGGGAUUGCGAUAAAGGUGAAUGGUUCGCAGGGCCGUGGUCACCAUGCAAUGGAAACUGCUUCAAUUUGACACGCAGUCGUGCCGUUUAUUGCAUACGUAAUCAGGAAAUAGUUAAGGAUGAGGAUUGUAAACCUGAACUAAAACCACAGUUAGGCGAGAAUUGUUCGCACGAAGAAGUGGAGUACUGUGGACCGCGUUGGCAUUACUCUGAGUGGACGGAGUGUUCGAAAUCGUGUGAUGGUGGUACUCAGCGACGAUCAGUCAAAUGCCUUGAGUAUGAUGAACGCGAGGCUGCAAUGCGUGAGUCGGCGAAGUGUCGGUAUUCGCUGCGUGAGCCGAUCUAUCGCAGCUGUAACACCCAAAGAUGCGAUGAGCCCCAUUUAGAGUUGCUGCAAAAUGAUGUUGCGGUCUCGUGUGUGGACGAGUUCAACAACUGUCAGUGGGCUGUCAAGGCGAAGCUCUGCAAUUACGAUUACUACAAGCAGAAUUGCUGUUACUCCUGUGGUGCCGCCUAAUUACAUACUCGACUGCGUGGAGGGGUACUUAGCAAUAGAAUAUGCUGCAAUAUUAAAUUAGCAUAAUUUUUAUUUUUAUUUCGUUUUCGGCUUUAUUUGAAAAAAAAAGAAAUGUAGUAUUCAUAUUUGCAUAGCGAAAAAACGAUUUGUGCUCUUUUUACCUACGAAAAAGCUACAGAAGUAAUCGAUUCGACUUUUUAAUUACUGCAAAUUCUUAAAAAAAUUAUUUAUCUAAAAUUUAACUUUUCGUGAAAUUAAGCAAUACACGUAGGCAUUUUCUAAGUAUUUAUAAUAAUGAAGUUAGGCAUAAUUAUUUAGUUGGUAUUUGUUCUCUGAGUUCUGUAAAUUAAUGCGCAUGAGAGUAAUUGAAAAAUGAGCUAAAAUUCAUUUUGUAUUUUACAUUUGAUUUUAAUUAAUAUUGUAUAUGUAUUUAUUUGUAAGGCACAUUCCAUAUACAUACGUACAUAUACAGUUGUAUUUGCAAUACUGAGCAAGCGGUUCAGCAUUCAAGUGUUAAAUUUAGCUUUAGACCCUUGCGACCGAGUAUUUUUUUGUACAAAGACGGUUUCCGAUAUGUGUCUAAUUUGAAUUACCUUACUUACUUUUACUUGAAAAAAAAAUCGAAACAUUUAUUUAAAUAUUUGAAACGAGUGGAUUUCUUAUUUCUUGAACGAAAUCAUAUUACGACCGGAAUUUCAAUAAUCUCUUACCUUAAGUUGAGAAAUAUGUUCUGCGUUCGUUUUCAUAAUCAGAUUGCAAUCAAAAUCCUUUCUCACCUAGGCUUCACUCGGCAAAAUUUUCGAAUUUCUUAAAACCGUGUUCUUUAUUUUAGAAAAAACUUAAUGUAAUAAUUUAACAAAUGUGUUCUAAUAGUUUUAUGUUUCUGUCUAAUAUUUUAUAUAUAAAAAAGUUAAUUCAGUAAUAUAUUAUAACUAAUUUAUAUAUACAUACUAUAUUUACUCAAAUUAUUUUUAUUUUUUAUCACUUUUUAAGUUUAAGCGACCAUUUAGCAUAAAACUGACAAAAAAACAAAAGUACAUAAAAAAACGAAGUGCAAAAAAAUAAUACUUUACUAAUUAAUAAAAUUCACUCUUUUGUAAGAAAAACUAAAUAA